GGAUUACGGGGGGAUUUAAGGGGGAUUCCUCGCCCCCGGUGUCUCUGGGAGCUUUGCUGAGGCCGCGUUUCCCCGCAGGCGCUCCCCGAGGUGAGCCAGGAGCUGCUGGCGGAGCGGCAGCGGCACAACGUGCUGGUGCUGGAGGCCCUGCGGGAAGCGGCCAGCACCGAGGAGAACGUGGCCAGGCGUCCCGUGCCGUGGCGGAAGUGAGGGGGUGUGACUUCCGGGAGCCUAGCGUCACUUCCGUCCGCUUUCGGGUCACUUCCGGUGGCUGUGUGGCGAGCCCCGUCUACUUCCGGUUUGCCUCCAGCCACCUGCUGGGGGUCCCUUGGCUUCCGGCGGAUAUGCCCUCAACUUCCGGCGCGAUGGCGUCUGACCAGCGGACUUUGCUGUCUCGGUGCUGGAGCUGCCGGUUCCUUGGGGGGUUCGCACUGCUCGCAGCCGCCGCUUGGAUUUACCGGCGUCCUCGGGCGCUCAUACGGAGCGGGGUGACCCCGGGAAUGGGAGACGUGGCGCAGAUCACCUUCGCCAUCUGUGAGAGGCGGGAAAAUGGCGGGGG